AUGCAGCUUGUGAGCUCCAGAACCAGACCUGGACUGCAGACUGACAGUCAGACCAGCACUGUACAAACAGAAAGUGGUCAGCAGGAGGUUCUAGAUGAACAUCAGAUCAGUCUGAGCACGACAUGUGAGCGUGUGACUCAAGGAACCGAUGAAGCAGGAAGUGAAAUCCCUAUCAACGAUAUCUUCACUGAGGUCCACAUCACAGAGGGACUGAGUGAAGACGUUAAUACCCAACAUGAGGUGUGGCAGCUUGAAACAGCUUCCAAGAUGGAGACCCUCCAUGACACCCCAAUCAAGUGUCACGACAUCUUUAAAGUCUUACCUGACCAACAGAAACACAUCAGAUGCAAACAGAAAAAGAUCAGAAGCGUUCUGACUAACGGUGUUGCUGGUGUUGGAAAAACCUUCUCAGUGCAGAAGUUCACUCUGGACUGGGCAGUGGGCUCCGAAAACCAAGAUAUCAGUCUGGUGGUUCUGUUUCCGUUCAGAGAGCUGAACUCGAUCAAAGAUGAGCAGUACAGUCUGAUCAUGCUGAUCCAUGUUUUCUAUCCAACAUUACAGAAGCUCACAGCAGAGAAGCUCGCUGCCUGUAAAGUUCUGUUCAUCUUUGACGGCCUGGAUGAAAGCAGACUUUCACUGGAUUUCAACACCAAGGAAGUCGUGACUGAUGUCACACAGAAGACAUCAGUCAGCGUGCUGUUGACAAACCUCAUCAAGGGGAACCUGCUUCCCUCGGCUCUCAUCUGGAUAACUUCCCGACCUGCAGCAGCCAAUCAGAUCCCUCCUUCAUGUGUUGACAGAGUAACAGAAGUACGAGGCUUUGCUGACUCCCAGAAGGAGGAGUACUUCAGGAAGAGAUUCAGUGAUGAAGAGCAGUCCAGCAAAAUCAUCUCACACAUCAAGACAUCCAGGAGCCUCCACAUCAUGUGUCGCAUCCCAGUCUUCUGCUGGAUCACUGCUUCAGUUCUGGACCACAUGUUGACUACAGACCAGAGAGGAGAGCUGCCCAAGACCCUGACUGACCUGUACUCACACUUCCUGCUGGUUCAGACAAAGAGGAAGAAGAACAAGUAUGAUGGGGGACAUGAGACGAGUCCAGAGGAGCUGACGGAGGCUGACAGCAAAGUUCUUCUGAAGUUGGGGAGGCUGGCGUUUGAACAGCUGCAGGAAGGAAACAUCCUGUUCUACAAAGAAGACCUGGAGCAGUGUGGUCUUGAUGUCACAGAGGCUGCAGUGUUAUCAGGAUUUUGUACACAGAUCUUCAAAAGAGAGAAACUCCAGAAGAAAACAGUCUACAGCUUUGUUCAUCUGAGCGUUCAGGAGUUUCUGGCUGCAGUCUACAUGUACCACUGUUACACCAGCAGGAACACAGAGGUACUGAAGGACUUCCUGGGAGAAGACUACAGUGACUCAUCUCUGGAUCACUUCCUGAACGGAGCCAUGGAGAAAUCUCUCCAAAAUAAAAAUGGCCACCUGGACCUGUUUGUUCGCUUCCUUCAUGGCCUCUCUCUGGAGUCCAACCAGAGUGUCUUAGGAGACCUGCUGGGUCAGACAGACAACAGUCCAGAAACCAUCCAGAGAGUCAUCAACAACCUGAAGGAGAUGAGCAGUGGGGGGGUCUCUCCUGACAGAAUCAUCAACAUCUUCCACUGUCUGAUGGAGAUGAACGACGGCUCAGUACAUCAGGAGAUCCAAGAGUUCCUGAAGUCAGAGAACAGAUCAGAGAAGGAACUCUCUGAUAUCCACUGCUCAGCUCUGGCCUACAUGCUGCAGAUGUCAGAGGAGGUUCUGGAUGAGUUGGACCUGGAGAAGUACAACACAUCAUGGCAGGGACGACAGAGACUGAUCCCAGCUGUGAGGAACUGCAGAAAGGCUCGACUUCCUCGCUGUUAUCUCUUAAACACUCAUUGUGAAGUUGUGGCCUCAGCUCUG